CCAGGGGGGUUUGACGGCGAUAGGAAAGAAUAAGAUAAUGAGAGAAAAUAGGCGUACGCAAAAUGUGUCCUCACAUCCUGUUUUUCACUUCCUCCUCAAUGGUCGUGAAUGAACCAGUUUCGGACGGUCUGUAUGCGCAUGGAAUAUACCACAGCACAUUGUCAAUAUUGCACACGCGCCCUUUCUGUGGACACUUUACAGGCCACAUAAAUUGUAGAAGACAUUUGUGCGCGGUGAAAUUCUGAAUCCGUAUUUUUCCCGCAAUAUGAGUGAUUUCUGAUAGCAAGAGGCCAGAGGGUUCUGUGGGACCUUUAAACACUUCUGACAGGAUGGAGAAGAAAGACGUGAAGAUCAUCAACCAGGGCCUGGAGGACGAGAUGGAGGUGUGGGGUUACCGGCCGUGCCCCUGGAAGAUGGUUCUGGUGGCCGUUGGGGCGGUGUGCACCGGGGGGCUGCUGUUUCUGGUGCUCUACUGGCUGCCUGAGUGGGGAGUGAGACUGACCUGCACACGGACCCCCUUCAUCAGGGAGUCCCAGACACUGCUGCUAAGAUCCACGGACGAGUUUAGGAGAUGGUUCCGGGCCAAGGUACAUGUGAUGCUAGCCCCUGGAAAGAGACCCUUUGACGGUGUCGAUCUCCUAAGCCCUCUGCACAUACCUAAUGGGGACAGUAUACACUCCUUCAGUGCCCUCCAAGAUGAACUUCAGGGAAAAUACAUCCAUAUCCAGCCAGUUCAGGUUUGCUACUUCACCCACCACAGCACAAAAUACUACUGGAAUGAUCUGCUUCAGAAUUUUGAAGUGUUUAAAGGUUUGGAGGAUGUCAGGGUGACUUGUUCCAGCAUCCACACCGACCACAGCUCUGGUCUCAGCAAACUACUUCAGGACUACAGGAGACUGUUCUUUGAAGUGAAUGAGAUAGCAGUUAAGGUGCCAUCUGUGUUCAAGCUACUCAUAAAAGAGGUCCUGAAUCCGUUCUACAUAUUCCAGCUCUUCAGCGUGAUUCUGUGGAGCAUUGAACAGUAUUACUACUACGCCGCUGCCAUAGUCUUCAUGUCUGUCAUAUCCAUAGCUACCUCGCUGUACACCGUCAAGAAGCAAUACAUCAUGCUGCAUGACAUGGUGGCGACACACAGUGUCGUACGUGUCUCAGUGUGCAGAGGGACUCUAGAUGUCGAGGAGGCCAUGUCCACAGAGCUGGUCCCCGGUGAUGUCAUCGUCAUCCCGUCCAAUGGAAUGAUCAUGCCCUGUGACGCCGUGCUGAUUCAUGGAAACUGCAUCGUCAACGAGAGCAUGCUGACAGGUGAGAGUGUGCCUGUCACCAAGACCAGCCUACCCAGCUCAGGAGAAGAUGGGGCUGGCGUCUAUAGCAUAGAGGAACACAAGAGACACACGCUGUUCUGUGGCACUCACAUCAUUCAGACCCGCUUCUACACCGGGGAACUGGUCAAGGCCGUGGUGGUCAGGACUGGUUUCAGCACAGAGAAGGGCCAGCUGGUGCGCUCCAUCCUGUACCCCAAGCCCACUGACUUCAAGCUGUACAGAGAUGCCUAUCUCUUCCUGCUCUGUCUGGUGGGAGUGGCCGGCAUUGGCUUCAUCUACACCAUCGUCCUCAGCAUCAUAAACCAGGUUCCAGCCAAAACCAUAGUGGUUGAAUCUCUGGACAUUAUCACCAUCACGGUGCCCCCGGCGCUGCCUGCAGCCAUGACAGCUGGCAUCGUCUAUGCCCAGCGCCGGCUGAAACGUGUGGGUAUCUUCUGCAUCAGUCCCCAGAGGAUCAACAUCUGUGGCCAACUCAACCUCAUCUGCUUCGACAAGACUGGUACUCUCACUGAAGAUGGUUUGGACCUUUGGGGGAUCCAGAGAGUUGAAAAUGGCAGUUUCUCUCCCCCAGAGGAUGACCCAGCCAAUGAGACACUAGUCAGGUCCUCGUUUGUGUCUUGCAUGGCCACCUGCCACUCUCUGACCAAGCUAGAGGGAGAACUCUCCGGAGACCCAAUGGACCUCAAGAUGUUCAACGCUACAGGCUGGAUUCUAGAGGAGCCAACAGAGGAAGAAACAGCCCUCCACAAUCCCAUAAUGCCCACCGUGGUGCGGCCACCCAAACAGGUGCUCCCAGAGGUCAACCAGGAAGUCAAUCUAGCACAGAACAUGGAGCUGUCUGAGCUGACGUUGUCCUAUGAGAUUGGGAUCGUCCGCCAGUUUCCUUUCUCGUCAGCUCUACAGAGGAUGAGUGUGGUGGUCCGGAAGCUGGGGGAGAAGCGCAUGGACGCCUACCUCAAGGGGGCGCCAGAGGUUGUGGCCAGCCUCUGCGCAGAGGACACAAUACCAGAGAGCUUCACAGAGACCUUGGAGUUUUACACCAGGCAGGGGUUCAGAGUCAUAGCUUUGGCCCAUCGCCAGCUGGAGGCCAAACUCUCCUGGCACAAGGUCCAGAACCUCAACAGAGAUCUCAUAGAGACCAAUAUGGAGUUCCUUGGGCUCAUAAUCAUGCAAAACAAGCUAAAGGAAGAGACUUCUGGGGUUUUAAAAGACCUGCGACAUGCAAACAUCCGCACUGUGAUGGUUACAGGCGAUAAUAUGCUAACCGCUAUAUCAGUAGCCAGAGACUGUGGGAUGAUAACCCCUCAUGAGAGGGUCAUCGUAGCAGACGCCACACCUCCCAAAGACAUCCAGCCUGCUACGAUCAAUUGGCACUACACAGAGAACCACGCCACCAGCAAAGACAACUGUGUUGAGUCAGUGGAAAUCAGCCUUGACGAUGUGGGCCAUGUGGCUUAUGGUGAGCAGCACAAGCAGCAGGAGCAGGGCUACCACUUUGCCAUGAGUGGCAGGUCCUUUGCUGUCAUCACCGAACACUUCCCUGACCUAGUCCAAAAGCUGGCACUGCAUUCCACAAUAUUCGCCCGCAUGGCUCCUGACCAGAAGACCCAGCUGGUAGAGGUCCUACAGAGUGUGGACUAUACUGUAGGGAUGUGUGGUGAUGGUGCCAAUGACUGUGGCGCCCUAAAGAGAGCUCACAGUGGGAUCUCUCUGUCAGAGCUGGAGGCCUCGGUCGCCUCCCCCUUCACCUCCUCCACGGCCAACAUUUCCUGUGUGCCCAACCUCAUUAGAGAGGGGAGAGCUGCUCUCAUCACCUCCUUCUGUGUGUUCAAGUUCAUGGCCCUGUACAGCAUCAUCCAGUACCUCAGUGUCACGCUCCUCUACUCUAUCCUCAGCAACCUGGGAGACUUCCAGUUCCUCUUCAUUGACGUUGCUAUCAUUCUGAUCAUUGCCUUCACAAUGAGUCUGAACCCGGCGUGGAAGGUUCUGGUGGCGCAGCGCCCCCCGUCCAGUCUAAUCUCAGGCCCUCUGCUGUUCUCCGUGCUGACCCAGAUCCUCACCUGUCUGGCCUUCCAGGUCCUGGCCUUCCUCUGGGUCCGGGGCCAGAACUGGUACGAGAAAUGGACUCCCCUCUCAGAUGCUUGUAAUGUUUCCAGUGCCAAUCUCACCCAUGGUCCCAACAUAACGUCACAUGUCGACCACAAGAACAUCAGGAACUAUGAGAACACUACACUCUUCUACGUCUCCUCCUUCCAGUACCUGGCAGUGGCCAUCAUCUUCUCCAAGGGAAAACCUUUCAGACAGCCAAGCUAUAAAAACUGGCCGUUCAUGCUAUCCUGCAUGGCUCUGUACAUAUUCCUCUUCAUGAUCAUGCUGUAUCCUGUUCCUGCCAUCGACAAUUUCCUGGAGAUUGUGUGUGUUCCCCAUGAAUGGCGCAUAACAGUGGUCAUCAUUGUCCUAGUGAACGCUGCUGUGUCUUUCCUAUUGGAGACUUUGGUCCUUGACAUCAUCUUAUGGAAGCUGGUGUUCAGUCGAGACAAGCAGGGGGGCAGCGAUGGCAUGGCCGUCACCUCCGCUACUCUCACACCUCAGUCUGCUAAUGAGCGUUGGUGCACGGCGUUCCUCUCCUGGCUGUUCUGUCGGAAGGGGAAGACCCCCAGAGUGCGCUACAUGCAAGUCGCCCAGGAGCUGCAGGAGGACCCCGACUGGCCCCCCAAACCUGCUACCGUCACCUACACCACCAGCACCCCCCACCACACUGUCAGCAUGUGACACAUGGCCACACCCACAUAUAGCUGCAAAAAAAUAUAUUUAAUCAGGCAUGUCAGUUAAUAACAAAUUCUUAUUUACAAUGACGGCCUACCCUGGCCAAACCCUCCCCUAACCCGGACGACGCUGGGCCAAUUGUGCGCCGCCCUAUGGUACUCCUGAUCAUGGCCAGUUGUGAUACAGUCUGGGAUCGAACCAGGGUCUCCAGUGAUGCCACUAGCACUGAGAUGCAGUGUCUUAGACCACUGUGCAACUCGGGAGGCAUACAGUACCCAGUCUAGAACCUUCCAUUCCCCGGACCAGGUUUAUAACCAGUAUCAAGUAUAGUACCUUCCUUUGCCUGGACAAGUAGGGCUGUGAUGAUACCAGUAUAGCAAUAUUUUUUCCAUGGCAAAAAUGAAAACAUGAAGCAGACCAAACUCUUAGGUAUUUUAAAAACCUGCUGUAAGUAAAAUAUUGUCUGCAAUAGGCAGGUUGGUUGUUAAGUAACAAAACGGACGCGUGCGUAACUAUGAGGAAAAACAGAUGGGUUGGCUUAGAUUGUUGACAACAUGUCAACUAUAUUUAUUCUCCAAUGUUUAUUGAAAACCAAAAUCCAUUUGCACAAUGAGCACUUGUCUCUCAAAUACAUUGUAACAGUUGUUAGCUAGCUAGCGAAUUUGAGCCAUAUUAGCAUUGACAUGAAAUCAGUCAAAACACCUCAAAACAAGACAUGAAACUAGCUGAAAUGAAUCACUUGCGAUUCCCCACAUGGCAGUUUCUUGUAAUUGUUGGUAUCUAUCUAGCCAUCCAGAAUCACAACAACGCAGACUUCUGCCCCAUUUGAUGUGUGUGCAUCGUUUUCGUGACAUUGUCAGCUAACCCAUCUAUAGCUAGGAAAAUAAAUAAAUGUGACUCCAACAUAAGGGCUGUUUUCCUAAAGAAGUUAAAUCUGCUUCGUUUUUCCUAUCCAAGAUAAUAACAAGUAUCGCAAUACUGAUAUCGUCCCGUCCCUAGUUUAUAACCAAUAUCGAGUCUAGAAACUUCCAUUGCCUGGACAACUGACCUGGUUUAUAACCAAUAUCGAGCCUAGAACCUUCCAUUGCCUGGACAACUGACUAGUUUAUUACCAAUAUCGAGUCUAGAACCUUCCAUUGCCUGGACAACUGACCUGGUUUAUAACCAGAUCAGACUGUGAUCCUGUCAACUUCUUGACCAUAACUAGACCUUAACUGCUCCGUCCUUACCCAUAACCCCCAAACCACACAUAGAACCCCAGCAAUGUGACUACUGACAGGUUGCCCCAUACUGGGCAUUUAUCACCCUCUUUUUGCUAUUAGUUUAGCCUUGGUGUCGAGGCCCAGAGAUUAUGUCUUUCCAAUACAGGGCUUGCCUUGCACUCACCACUGGUUGAUUUUUCAACUUCACAAAGACUAAGAACUAUGGAAUCGUCCACUAACACUUUCUCACCUGCCUUGAUUGCUGCUCCAACGAAAUGUCAAGAGUUAAAGAGAACAUGUGUGAUCAGGACCGUACUGAGGGAAAUGGAGGGAUUUUAAUUUUUUUUUUAUCAACACACCCAGAUUAUGCAUUUUGAAAGCACUGUGUGUGUGUUUUAAGCGUGAGUGGUACUACUGUAUUUGCCAAGAUUGAAUAACAUUCCAAUGCACCAAUAAUAUAUUGCUGUGUUUCUCUGAGAAUUUGCUACGCUUUAUGAAUGUAAUUCUUCCUGUGGAAGUAUGUGAGUGUCCGUGACUCUUGUAAAACCUGAACACUUGAGUUGAUCUGAUGCCUGUGUGUUUGUGCGUGUGUGUGCAGGGUUUUUUCUGCAUAGAAAAGUCUUGGGCAAGACUUAAUAAAAAAUUAUUGAGAUGGGAAAACAUUUUCAGUGUAAACUUAAAUGACUUAAACCAUAUAUAUCUAUAUAUAUAUAAAAUAUGAUGAUCUUUGAGAACUAACAAUCACCCCAAAUAAAAUCUAGCCCGUUAGGGAGAAUCAAAUAUUAGAAAAAUUAUGCAUUCAGUAUUUUUGUCAUGGCAUGGGGCCCCCAUUGAUUUUGUUAUGUUUGAGUCACUCCGAUAGCAAACAACGCAUAAGCCAUGGCAAAAUGAAAAUUUAUAUUGACAAUUAUUCUUCUCUCACAUCAUGACAUAUGUGUAGAAUUGCAGGACAUUUUUUUUCUGCGGCCAAGAGGGCCUCUAAAAUGUUCAGUCGGCAACCGCACUAUUCACCACGCCCCCGUCACAGCCACGAUCCUAACCGUAAUUUUGAUCCAGAAAAAAACCUGGUGGGUGUGUGCACGUACACUCCUGUACGUAUUUAUUUGGACGCUGAAGCUAAAACGUUUUAAUUCAGCUCUAUACUUUAGCAUUUUGGAUUUAAGAUCAAAUGUUUCAUAUGAGGCGACAGUACAGCAUGGCACCUUUUAUUGUCAGGUAUUUUCAUAUAUAUCUUUUACCAUUUAGAAAUGAAAGCACUUUAUAUGUAUCUAGUCCUCCCAUUUUAAAGGCGUCAAAUACUUGAAACGUUCAAAUAGGUGGACUAAAUACACGAAGGGCUUUAAUCUCUAAACGAUAAAACGGAUAUGUAUGAGAAUACCCUCAAAUAAAAAGGUGACAUUCUGUACCAUCUCCUCAUAUGAAACAAUUGAUCUCUGUAGAAUAGCGGACCUAGAGUAUCCAAGUGAGGUGACGGGUGGGAAUGAGGUGAUGUAACAUUUUGUAACAUUUAUAAACCAUUGCACCUGACCUAAAUGCUGCUUUUAUUAAAGGGAAUUAUUUUGAAAAGA